UAUUUAUUUUCUUUUUUUUUUUAACAUUUUUCUCUAUUUGAUUCAAAUAAAAAAAAAUCGCUCUUAAAUAAUAAUGGGUAAUGUACUUUCAACAAAAAAGAAACGAAAAGAAAAACCAAGGAUUAUGAUAACUUCGGAUAGUGCAUCCUUAGCUACCUCGAUGACUGCUUUCCCUGAGAUAAAAUCGAUUCUUAUCAAUAAAGAUUACAAUGAGGAAACACACCGUUUGAUCCAAAUAUGUCGAGAGACUCAACGACGACAAAGGAAGGAACUUGAGGUGACAGAAUCUGUUAUUGAAAGUCUUAUAUAUUCCAUUAGUCGUAGUAACAGUUUUACUAGUCAUACUGCCUUCACCAGUAACAGACGUACCCAGAGUUUGAUCAUCCCUAAUAGUCAUCAUUAUAAUUCUUCUGGAUCUGGAUCUGAAUCUACCUUUGAUAGGCAACAGUCCCUACUACAAGUUAGAUUUGAUACCGGAAGCUUACCAACUCGUCGUCAAUUGCGAGAUGAGUCGGAUGAAAGCAAACAUUCUCUGGACAUAAAUGCAUGUAUUGAACGCUUAUUAAAUACAGGUUUAACACCUCGUUUAUUUGGAUCUACUAGUAUUUGCUUUAAGAAAGCUGAGAUCAUUUAUAUAUGUAAGGCUGCUAAAGAAAUAUUCAUGAGACAACCUAGUUUAAUUGAAAUCCAUCCACCUGUCAAAAUAAUGGGAGAUAUUCAUGGCCAAUAUAAUGACUUACUUCGAUUAUUUGAGUUAGGAGGAUAUCCUCCUGAAUCAAAUUAUUUACUCUUAGGUGACUACGUUGAUCGUGGUAAGCAAAGUUUGGAAACUAUUUUGUUAUUAUUUUGCUACAAGAUUAGAUAUCCAGAAAACUUUUUCUUAUUAAGAGGGAAUCAUGAAUGUGCUGAUGUUUCAAAAAAAUAUGGAUUUUAUGAUGAAUGUAUUAGAAGAGUUAAUGCUGAUAUAUGGAAAACAUUUGUUGAUGUCUUCAAUACUUUACCUAUCGCUGGACUGAUAGAUGAUAAGAUAUUUUGUGUUCAUGGUGGUAUAAGCCCCUUCAUGCAAUCAAUGGAUGAUGUACGUUCAAUCGUUAGACCAACUGCUAUUCCUGAAAAGGGCUUGCUCAGUGAUCUAUUAUGGUCUGAUCCAGAUGAAUCUAUCAUCGGUUGGUCUGUCAAUUCGAGAGGCCUCGGUCAUUAUUUUGGUGCGAACGCUUUAGAUGAAUUCAUGGAAAAGUUUGGUCUUUUAUUAGUCUGUAGAUCACACACUGUUGUUAGAAAAGGUUUCAAGUUGUUUAAUAAUCAAAAGUUAGUCACGAUAUUUAGUGCCCCAGCUUACUGUUCAUACAACAAUAAGGGUGCUAUUAUGACUAUUGAUGAAAAAUUAAAAUGUACUUUUGAUUUAAUUUCACCCGUAAAUAAUAAUCAUCUUGUAACUAAGAAAAAGUUACUCGUUUCGAACAAAGACAGUAACAGCACACUGAAUAUUAAAGAGGAGUUUUUGAGUUCUUCUUCCUAUUCUUUAAUGAGUGAAGGAACAGUCGCUGCAUAAGAAUUUAAUUGUGUAUUGUAAAAUCAAUAAAAUAGAUGAGAUACACAUAUACAUUCC